UAAUGACUGUCAUCACUUUCACUGUGGUGUUUCUGGUCCUCCUCCCCCAGCCCCUCCUCGCUCGCUGGGCCUGUGUGCGCUCCUGCCCCCCCUCCUGCUCCUGCACCCCCGAGAGGAGCUGCUCUGUUCUCUGUGACCGCUCCCGUCUGGCGGAGAUUCCUCCAGAGUUUCCCUGCGAGGCGGCAGCCAUCAACCUGGACAAGAACAGCUUGAAGUUCCUCUCAGAGCGGGCCUUUGGGACCCUGCCCGCCCUGAAGAGCCUCUCUGUGGAGCACAACAACAUCUCCUUCAUCACGCCUGGGGCCUUCAAGGGCCUCCCUAACCUGGUGGAGCUGAAGCUGGCCAACAACGACUACAUCAGUUACCUUCACACACGCACCUUCACGGGGAUAAAGAAGCUGGAGCGUCUGGACCUGUCCAACUGCAACCUGUUCAACAUCCCCGACCGCAUCUUCAUCGAGCAGCCGGCGCUCCGCGAGGUCUUCCUCUUCGAGAACCACUUCCGCAGGAUCCCCUCGUCCUUCAGAGGGAUGGAGAACCUGACGCACAUCUACCUGGAGAGGUGUCGCAUCGAGGCGGUGGCCUACAACUCCCUGCUGGGCCUCACAAGACUCAGGUUCCUGAACCUCCAGGAGAACCGCAUCCACGUGAUCCACGACCACUCCUUCCAGGACCUGGUGCGUCUGGAGAACUUCUACCUGAACGACAACAUGCUGGCAGGCCUCCCUCGCUCCGCCUUCAAAGGCCUCGUCUGCCUCAAGAUGCUGAACCUGGGCGGGAACAAGCUGACCAACGUGUCCCGCACCUGGUUCGGUGACCAGGUGGAGCUGGAGGUGCUCUACCUGGACAGGAACCAGCUGUUAAACAUCGAGGAAGGAGCCUUCGAGAACCUCACCAGCCUCAUCACGCUUCACCUGAACAGCAACAACCUCACGACGUUUCCCUUUCCUGUUUUCCAGCCCGUUUACUUCCUCGCUCGCCUCUUUCUUUUCAGGAACCCAUGGGUCUGCGACUGUUCCUUAGAGUGGCUAAAAGAAUGGAUGGAAAGUUAUAAACUAGUUCGAGACGUCCCGUGUGCAUCACCUUCCUCCGUGGCUGGAUUAGAUCUUUCCGAGGUGGUUUUUGCGAGAGUUAACGACACCUGUGUGGACCCCGGAGAGCUGAAUGUAACCACAGUUUCGUCGCAAAUCGUCGCCACGACUGAGAACCGCUUCAACAACCUCGUCUCCAAACUCCUGCAGCAGGAGCUCAGGGAGGAGAUGGGGAACGGGACGGAAAGUCUGAGAAAUGGGACUCUGAUGUCUGAAGAGGGGAAACUCUCAUCGGGGGUCGAAGGGCGAAGAGGGAACGAAAACCAAACAUUGCUCUGCUUUAUAGUCGUAGUGCGGAUCGUGUUUGAUUUGAUCGGACAAUUAGAUAGUUAUUACUGUCUCUCGUGCACAUGAGGACUUUGGAAAUGGUUUCUUUGCUUUGUGAGCGACAGAACGAACAAGGAGUGGGGUUGCUGUUGAGAGUUUGCCCUGCUAAACGUCUGGAUUUCUGGAUCUUUUUCUUGUGAAAUGCAAGCGUGGCAAACUGGAUAUUAUCUUCAGACGAAAGACUGAUGUUUACAUCUACUAUUCUUUAUACUUGUUCACCCUGCAGAAUAGUGAGAUUAAAGAUCACUUAUCCAUGAAAGCAGGGAGGAACACGGCCAAAUGGAUAUGUUGUACUCUUCUCUAAACUCGUGAGUUUGUGCUGCAAAACGUCAUUACUGUCUCUCGAGCACAUGAGGACUUUGGAAAUGUGGUUUCUUUGCUUUCUGACCGACAGAAGGAGAAGCUUUUCAAAUGGCUGAUGAGCUAAAAUUAUGUUUCAUUUCAUCCAAGAACGGAGCAACAAGCUGUCAUUGCUGGUGUGAGUUUGCCCUGCUAAAUAUCUGGAUCUCUAGAUAUUGUUCUUGUGAAAUGCAAGCGCAAACAUUAUAUAUGAUAUUACCAGCUAUCUUCAGAGGAAAGACUGAUGUUUACAUGUGUACUUCUACUCUUGUUUUUACUUGUUUGCCCUGCAAGACGGUGGAUUUCUUCUAAAGAAAGUUGUGAUUAAAGAUGUAUCCAUGAAAGCACGGAGGAACACUCGUCCUCAAACGUGACGGUGUGAGUUUGCGCUGCAAAUGUAAGAUUUCCGGGAUAUUUCUAAAGGCAUUCAUUCUGAAAUGAGCAUCUCUUCUCUAAACUUGUGAGUUUGUGCUGAAAACGACAAUUUCAGAUGAGAUUUAAUGUCACUUAUCCAAGAAAGACUGGAGAAAUACUCUUCUUUAAACGUGGCAGUACUGGUUGGACUUUGCGCUGCCAAACGCUGGAUUUUCGGGAUAUUUUCUUUUGAAAUGAAAGCGCGGUAAAGUGAAGAUAUCCGACUAUCUUUAGAGGAAAAGACUGAUGUUUAAACAUUGGCAUUUAUGUCAAACAAGCUUCUGUUUUAUGUGGUUGCUGCUGUGAGUUUGCCCUGCAGAAAAUAGGAUUUA